UGGUGUUUCCGCACGGACAGAUUUCAGCGCUGUGUCGGCAUGUGUUGUGACAGGUAAAGAAACCCUCACUUCUUCUGGACAGUAGUUAUUUACAUUCUGCUCGUUAAGCUUUGGCAGACAGACAACCAGCGACCCCGACAUGUCCUCUGCGGAGGUAGUUCUGGGUUUCCUGGAGGAGGCGGAGUCGUGGCGGCUUCGGUCCCAACAAUUCCCCAGUAAAGUCGGAGGGAAGCCGGCGUGGCUCAGCCAGAGAGGCCUGCCCUCCCUUUCCGAACUAGAGUGUGAGAUAUGUCGGCUGCCUUUGGCUUUCCUGCUUCAGGUGUACGCACCAAUAUCUGGUCAGGACCGAAGUUUCCACCGAACGCUUUUUCUGUUCUGCUGCAGAACUCCUGAAUGCUACUCACGUAAUGACAAUCGCUGCAUGAAAGUUUUCAGAAGUCAGCUGCCCAGAAGGAAUGAAUUCUACCCCUAUGAGCCUCCUCCAGAGGAUGAGCCUCCCAGCGAUCCUGAGGAGGAGCAGAAUGUGUUGUCUGGAGUUAAACUGUGUUGGGUGUGUGGUUGUCCCGGUAACAAAGCGUGCUCCCGCUGUCAUGCUGUAACUUACUGUGGAAAACACCACCAGACCCUCCACUGGAAACACACUCACAAGAAAGAGUGUUGCAAAGAAGCAUCCACGGCCACAACCUCUCCCCUCCUCUUUCCUGAGUCUGAGCUUGUUACUGAGCCUGAGGAGGAGGAAGAGGAUGCAAAGGAGGCUGAAGAAGAAGAAGGAGAGAGUACUCAGACAAGCGCAGAUGUUCCUUCCUUAGCAGACACCCUAGCAGAGACGGACUUGGAGGAGAUGGCUAUGCAUGAGACUGAAGACAACAAAGUGUUCCAGCGGUUUAAAACGAAGAUCUCACCCGAGCCACACCAGGUGCUGCGCUACAGUCGAGGCGGCUCACCCCUGUGGGUCUCUUCUCAGCACAUCCCCUCAGAUCCGGAUAUCCCACCAUGCACCUGUGGCGCCAAGAGGACAUUUGAGUUCCAGGUGAUGCCCCAGCUGUUGAACAGUCUGAGCGUGGACUCGGCAGGAGCCAGUAUCGACUGGGGGACUCUGGCUGUUUACACGUGCUCUGUCAGCUGUAACCAUGACGACCAGUACUGCCCUGAGUUCAUCUGGAAGCAGGACUUCAGCUCAGAUCAGCACACGCAGAUUGAACAUGCACAAUAGAGCUUUGUGGCUUCUCAUAGCAGGAAAAGUGCAGGUGUAAUGGAUAACAUUAAUGAUGGCUGCAUUCCACUCAUGUGAGUCAGUUUCAGGGUCCUCGUAUCGUGUGUGCAAGGUGACAACGGACUUUCUUUUCUCUGGCCGGAGUAAUCACACUACAGUGAUGCAUCCAUUAAUGAUACCCGCUUCGUCCUGUAGAUGGUGGUGGGGGUUGGACCCCACUGCAGUGAUGUCACCCUGAUUUAACAGAGUGGAUGUGUGCUGUUGCUCUGACUAUCAGAGUGAAACUCAGCAAGAUGUCAAACUCCAGAUAUUCACAGUCUGGAUGGUUAUCCACAUUUCUUUACAUAAGGCAAAGAUGCAAAUAUGUAAUUCUGUACAUUGAGUAUUAGUUCGUUAAAAGUUCAGAUACUCAAACAACAAUUGUGGAUGUUAAGAAAAACGUGUUGGUGAUAUUUUCUGACCUACAGUGGAGUUUUAGCAUGUUCAGUGUUAUAUACUGUUGUGCAAGAGAAUUAUUGGAUCUUAUAUUCAGCAAAAACAAAUAAAAUAUGACUUUGUGCCUUUUCAUAACAGAAUAAACUUUUUUUGUAAGUCAUCAAAACAAG